AUGGUAACGACAGACUUCACACCGUUCUCAUGGGACCCGUCAGGAGAAAGAGUGACAACCGCUGUUUCAAGCCUUGAGCUUAAGAACAGUUCUGGGCAUCUCUUAAAUACGACGGAACUAAUACACCCGAUUACUAUAAGACUACAGAGCCAUCAGGACUUCACAAACGCUGCUAAGUCUCAUUAUGUGGGAGCCAACAGAACUGUUUUCUUCAAGAUAAAUGUCACUCAGUCAGGGAUGGCAUUGGUGUUAAACAUUCGUCCGGAAAGCAACAGAACAGAGUUUGUGGUGACUGUUAAGUACGGAGAGCGGCCUUCCCCAAGUAAUAGCGACUUAAAAUCAAGAAUACCUGACCUUUCAUCUUGCGGUAAGAUGCCAGAUGGUCAUGUGAACUGUUCACGCAAUCCAUAUAUAGUGUUUGUGAACCAAGACUUUGUUAAAAACAAAGGUUUUGGAUAUUACUACUUUGGGCUAAGAGCCGUGUCAAGAAUUUCUGAGAUCCUAAGGGUUAAGCGCUGCUCAGGUCGCGGCCGUUUGAAGCGGUCGUGUGUACAGUACAAGGAACCACCCACCACUGGUGAAAGUUACAGCGUACCUCAAUACCGUGUAGGGGAUGAAAAUUACACCUUUCAGGUGACGCCAGCUGCUUGCCUGUUCUGGAAUGCGCAGUUAUCGAAAUGGACCUCAGAGGGGUGCCAGGUAGCCGAAUUGACUACUCAAGAUGCCAUUUACUGCUCCUGUAAUCACUUGAGUGCUUUUGGGGGUCAGUUAUUUGUCACGCCGAAUCCAAUCGAUUUUGAUAAAGUUUUCACUGAACUAACUGGCCUAUCAGAUAGUGGAAACAUAGCUGUCAUUUUAGCGGUUUGCUGUGUAUUUGGUUUUUACCUAUUUUUAUUGGUGUGGGCUCGAAAGAAUGACAAACUUGACAUCUUGAAGGUGGGGGAAAAGCCAUUCGUAGGAGUUCCUUCACCAGGCUCUUAUUUCGUCGAGGUUCAAGUAUCCACAGGCAUUUGGCGAAACUCCGGCACCACUGCUAACAUUUUUAUUAUACUAGAGGGGGAGCUAGGCACUAGCCGACCUUACCAUUUGAAAGACGAUUCGUGUAUCCCUUUCGCAAGGGGGAGCGUUAGUUCCUUUAUCCUUUCGAUUCAUGACAGUAUUGGUCCCAUGAGAACCGUGCGCGUAUGGCAUGACAACUCGGGCACCAGUCCAUCGUGGUUUUUGAAUUAUAUCAAGGUUUGCGAACUGACCAAUGAGAAGCAAUGGAACUUUGUGUGUUUCGCGUGGCUGGCUGUUGAUAGAGGUGAUGGAUUAAUAGACCGGACUCUUCGUUGUACUUCAACUGCCGACAAAGGAAUUGAUUUUGCAGUUUAUGUUCAGAAUAGAAUUGCUGGUGAGUUCAGUGAUUCACAUUUAUGGUUUUCUGUCGCAACAAGACCACCAAGUUAUCGAUUUACUCGAGCUCAACGUUUAUCUUGCUGUCUAGCUAUAUUACUGACUACCAUGCUAAGCAGUGCCAUGUUUUACGAGCGUGAAACAGCGAUGGACGAUGAUCAAGGAUCGUUGAGGUUGGGCCGUUUUGUUGUGAACUUCAGAGCGCUCGUCAUUGCAGGGCAGAGUCUUACGAUUGUACUUCCUGUCAAUAUUUUGACCGUGGCACUUUUUACUCACACUCGUUCUUCAAACGAGAAUAAGGAAAUGGCUCUCCAAAGGGACCCGCAUAGGAAAUUCGCCAAGAAGAAACGUGACUUCUCUUUUCCACGCUGGUUUAUAUUCGUUCCUUGGCUCUUGUGUUUCCUCCUCUCGUCAUGUUCGGCGGCUUUUGUUAUCUUCUACAGUCUUCAGUGGGGUGCAGAUAUAAGUGAGCAGUGGCUGAUUUCAGUUGUAAUGUCAGUUGUAUUGGACAUAUUUGUAUCGGAACCUAUUCAAAUCAUAGUUGUUGCCUUUAUGCUAUCUCACAUUUUUAAAGGAGGAAUUCAAAGAUUUACGUGGCAACCUUAUCACGUUGACGCAGUCGUUGAUGUCGAAGAUAUUCAAUUGAGUGGGUUAGGCAACAAAGGGAUUGACGAGGAAGAAAUUGAAAUACCAAAGCCACUAAGCAAAAGGCAGUUACGUCGCGCAAGGGUCGCUCGAAUAAGGGAGGUGUAUAUGUAUACUGCGCUUCGGAAUAUAGUGUCGUACAUGCUGUACUUGUUAAUUCUAUGUAUUGUUUGUUACGGUGGACGUAGCGAGCAUGGGUACCCGAUGACAUCUUCCAUUAAGAAGACAUUUGGGGAACUUGAUUCGAUAUCAAAUCACUUUAACACUUGGGACUGGACACGUGACGUUUUAGUACCAGGACUUUUUGAAGACGGGAAAAACGUCCCACUGAAGAGUUCCAGUCCUUACAUUGGAGAUGGCGACUCUGUUCUUGUUGGAGUGCCUCGCCUCAGACAGCUGCGAGUCAAAGAAGGUUCUUGCGAUGUCGGCAUAGAUGAAAUAACAGCCCCAUUCAACUCCUGCGUGGCUUCAUAUACAUCCGAUAACGAGGACAACACCAACUUCUAUCAAACACGAUGGCGCCAAUUUUCCCCAUCGAAGAAUGAUUCGCUAAGCAUUCUCUAUCAGAUAUGUCCUACUGCUUGGCAUUAUUCUUCGGCAGAGCGAACUCAAAGCCUUCCUUUGUGGGGAAAACUUCAUCUGUCAAACUUUUAUGGUAAAGGAGGCUACCUGGCCGAGUUGGGCUAUGACAGAAAUACAGCACUGAAAGUCAUAUCUGAACUUAAUCUGUUUGACUGGAUUGACAGGUUUACCAGUGCUGUAAUUGUCGAGUUUACUGUUUUUAACUCUCAAGUGAAUUUGUUUGGCGUGAUUUGGAUCCCAAUUGAGUUUUCACCAAGUGGUCACGUGGUAUCUGAUCAUGUGAUUCGAGGCAUUCAUGUAUACGGAAUUGGUGGAGGCUACAGUGCUGUUACCGUCACCUGUCAAUUGUUUCUAGUGGGUUAUGUUGUAUACUUUGUUGUCAAGGAAACGUCGAAGAUGAUCGCUGGUAUUCGAAUUUAUUUCUCACGUUUUCUAAACUGGGUCGAAUUCACGCAGACUUUAACAGUCGUCGGUUUUGUUAUCACCCACAUUUUAAAACAAACAGAGCUUUUUGUCAACACAGAGAAACUCAAAAACAAUACAUUUCAGUUUAUCAGUUUUGAUAAAGGGGCUCUCUUAGAGGACUUGGAAACGGUCUUAAUAUCGUUACUGAUGUUCUUGAACACUUUGAAGUUGCUGUAUUUGCUCAAAUUCAAUCCCCAUGUGCGGCAUUUAUUCUAUGUAAUGAAGGGAUCUGCUCGGGAACUCGUUCAUUGCUCGGUUCUAUUCGCUGUGUUCAUAUUUGGAUGUAUUCAUGUGGGAUAUCUUCUAUUUGGGGGAGAACUUUACUCCUUUUCUUCGCCUUUCAUUAUUCUACAGUCUCUUCUAGUCGAAGGAGUCGUCGGUGGCGGAGUGGACUAUUUUAACGAUUGUUGUACAGUCAUCGGCCCUGUUUACGUUACAGCGUUAAAAUUGGGACUAAAUCUCAUAUGCAUCAAUAUUUUCAUUUCAGUUCUUGUUUACAAUUACGGCAAUAUCAGAGACCUCACCAGAGGGAAAUUCAAUCUUGGAAACUUCAUUAUUGUAAAAGUAAAGGAACUCAUGGGUUUUGUGGUUCAUAGUUCAGCAAUGGAUGCAGACAGUUCGUGUGAUCAUAACACAAAUAAGGAGGAGAACAAUACACUUCCUGAAGUGGAUGAGAUAUUAACCAAGUUGGAUCAGAUUAAUCACCAUUUAAAUAUUUUGUAUGUUGACGAAUUCGGUGAAGACCUUGACAUGUUUUCUUUGUGGUUUGAUCUUCACAUUCAACGCUUAAAAGCUAAGGAUGCACAAGAAAGGUUUGAGAAUGAUUUAGAAGAAGUUUACGAGGAUGCACAAGAAUACUUAAGCCUCGCGUAGUAAAUGGUGCUUGCAGUUCGCCCGCCUGUAUGACUAGACUGAGAACAAACAAACAAACAGGAGUCGACCGCGAUCACUUUUUGUUAAAAAAUAAAGCUGCUGUAUUUAGGAUCAGAAGUACUUGUCGCGCAAACUUGCGAACCACUUCAUUGAUUAUUUCUCCGCUAGGUAAUUGUUAAAAGAGGUGCUGUAAUUUGUGUUCACUUCGGAAGUUUUAUUUUACUGGUUUGAAACAGCUUCAUUAUUUACGUUAAGUGGAGUUUAUUGUUCUAUAAUUGCUACAAAUUAAUUCUAGUGCCUGAUUAAAAAAAACCUAAUGGAAUGAAGCUUAAAGGAGGUUAACAGAUGAAAUAUCGUAUCGUUGAUUAAUAAGAGUCUCGGUGUAAUUUUACAAAGGUUGACGUUAAACCUUUUCAUUCCCAAGAGCUAAAUAACAAUUCUCUUCUCUUUGUCUGCUAAAAAAUUCGUACAAUUUUUAAAACCUCUAAGAAUUUGAUGUUCAAACAAACACUUUCCCUUCGGCAAUUCAUGAUUGAUAUU